GAUAGACAUGUUGGUUGCGACGGCGCUUGCGCUCCUCAGUGCUGUGGCCGCCUUAGACCCAUCGCUGUCGUUUCACUACGUGAAGUACCCUCGAGUUUUUCGGCGGAAUGAAGUGGCUUGCCAAGUCUGCUAUGGGGAGUUUGACUGUCUCAGCAUGGACCGGUGUGGCUACAACGCAGCUGUUACAGACGUCUUGGUAGAAGGAGAUGGAAUGAAAAUCGUGAACGACGAAUUGAAGACUAAAAUGGAUUCAAUGAUGUAUGAUUUAGUUCUGGAAGAUUCGUUAACAGAAUACAAUGUAUGUAUUCCUCUCAUCUCAUCGUAUACAACUUGCAGUAAAGACAACAUCUGCCUAGGCUGCGAGUCGUGCGACUGCGACGAAUCGGGCCAAUGGAAUUGUAGUGAAACCUCGAAAUGCAGCAACGUACAUUUGGACAUCGACUAUCGAAUAAUCACAUCGGUUGCCGAGAGCUUAAAAGACGUGAAACCACCAAGAUAUAAGAGAUCUUAUGAUGGCUCAGAGGAAGCAUCGACACGUAGUAUGUUUGAUGACCUAAUGGAUUGGAUGGGCGUCUCCAAAGCCAACGAUGUUAAAGUCAUCAAUGAUAUUACUCCUCGGUCUACAGCUAUUGUGACAGCCUCAGCUACCAUGAAAAAUCUUACCAAUGAUGACAAUAAUAAUUUGGUGUUUGAUGACAUACUAACUAAUGAUAAUCUGGAAGACUUCAUAAAUCAUUCGGGAGACGAUAUGAAUUAUGUCAAAAAACACGAAAGUAAUGAUACAAAUAAGUUUUUAAAAAUGCUUAGGAAUAUUGAAGAAGGCAAAGAUGAUAAAACACCAGUAGAUAACCCUCAUCUAAAUAUAAAUUUGCUUAAAGAUCUAAGAAAAUAUAUCAAAGAAAAGUCUUAUGCGAAUGAACCUUCAAAUGAUCAACCAAAUAGUAUUAAUGCUAUAUUAACCGACACUGAUGAUAUUGACCCCGAUAAACAGCCAUCUGAUAUUAAUUCUGUCGCUGUAGUAUUAAAAAGAAACGUAAGACACGUGAAUGAGACUAAACUAGAAAAUCAAACCAAAACAAUAGAAAAUCGAAAAACAAAAGCAAAUAACGUGACACCAAGUUUAGACAUCAAGAAAAUAAACGUAACAUAUUCAGAAAAGGAACUACAACACAUUAUAGAUGUUGUAACUGUAUUAAUUCGUAAUGAACGAAAAGAGAUAAAUCAUUUAAAUUACGUUAGAGAGAGUCUCCUAAAAUUACUUAAGAAAUAUCAAACUAAUUCAAACGUUUCUGAUAUCAUACACAAGCAAAAUUCUGACGAAAAUGCUAAAAAACAUGGAAACUGGAGAGUUGAUAUGCUAAAUUUCUAUAUGAGUAAUUUGAAAAGGGAUGUAAAAGAUACAUUAAGAGAUAUUUACGCAAUUAUAAAACUUAAAAAGCUAGGAGUGAAUUCUGUUGCAGAAAGUGUCUCAAAUAUUAAGCCUUUAUUAUUUGCGUUAACAUCUUAUUAUAUGAAAAACUUUAGAGAUUAUCGACAAACUGAACAUGCGAAAAAUAAUAGCAACAUAGAUAAUAGAUUUGUAACAAAUACUACACCAUCGAUAGAUACUUCUCCAAUACACAAAAUAUAUGAUUCGGAACCAAAACCUGAACGAAGGGUAUUCCAGCCAAGUACCAGUAAUAUUUAUCAAAUAAAGCUUAUAAAGCGAGCGCUUACAAGAAUGCUGGUAAUGAUAGAUAACGACAGGAUAUCCACAAAUGCUUUAAGCCCUCUAUCAUCUAAAAUUAAGAACAUUUUGAAAAGGAUUGUCAACAAGCAAUACAUAAAAGGUUUUGCUGAUACUCAUCCAUCAAUAAGAGAUCAAAAUUUUAAUUUAACACAAUUAUUAACCUCCCUUGUAGAAGAAUGGCAAAACAUGUCAGCUGAAAUGCAUACACUCAAACCAGCGGAUCAACUAUAUCACAUGAAAUUAUUGCAUUUAUCUCUUUCGCAAGGAAUAGAUAAAAUAACAGAUGCUUUAGUUUCUAUCCAGUUUGGGCUUAGUCGACGAAUGAGCUUUAUUGAAGAGUACGUUGGCAAGAAUUUAAUUGCCGAUAUUUCGAAUUAUUUAUCCAGCAUUGAUCAACGUAUAAAAAAUUUCGCUAUAAAAACAAUCUUUGCAGAGGCAUUUACUCCUAAGAGAAGAGAUGAACAAACAGGAUCCCUGUGGCAUCACAUCAAAAACGCAUUUUCUAAUUCAAAUAAAAAUUUACGAAAAUAUAUUCAAGGUAAAAUAAAGCCUAAGUCGUACAUAGUUAAUGAUAAAGUAAGAAGAAGAGCUGAAGAAGUGAAUAAGCAAAAAUUCUUAGAAGUCAUGAAAAAAUGGCAACAUAAUUUUGAGGCUUAUCGUGCCAGAAAUAAGAGAUCGGUAAAACAGUACACAAAACGAUUGAAUCACAUUAUACCAAAGUAUUUAAGAGGUAUUAAAGGAAAUAAUACAUUAAACGCUAAAUUAAAUAAACGAAUAGCGGUGGGAAACAUAGGAAAACCCAAAAAAGGCGUUAGAACCCAACACACUCAACACUGAAUUGGCCAAUC